AUGGGUGUCCUUCCUAUGGCUGUUUUCGGACUCGAGGUCCCUGCCGGCGGCAUGCCCGUCGCUGCCAGCGGUGAAAUCCCUGCUGCUUUCCGCCUGACCAUGGCUGCCAUCGACCCCAGCGCCGAGCCCGAGUUCGACGAGGACACCAAGGGCAAAAAGCCCCGUGCCACCCUCAAGAUCAUCCGCGCUCCUCUCCAGAUGGAGGACGAGGACGACUCCGACUUCGACCCCGAGGAGAUGGACAUGAUGCUCGCCUCUGACGACGAUGAGGAGGAUGAUGAGUCUGACGACGAGGCCGGUCCCAGCGACCCUGCCAAGUCUAAGAAGGCUCGCAAGGCUGCCGCCGCUAAGCAGCUCAAGGCAGAGCUCGAGAGCAUGGAUGUUGACUCGCCCAAGGUCAAGGGCAAGGGCAAGGUCCAGGCUGACGACGACGAGGAGUCUGACGAGGACGAUGAGGAUGACGAGGAUGAUGAGGAGUUCGAGCCCGAGGAGUUCGUUCUCUGCACUCUCGACCCCGAGAACCACUACCAGCAGACUCUUGACAUCACUGUCGGUGACGACGAGCGUGUUUGGUUCAUGGUUACUGGUACCCACGACGUCUACCUUACCGGUAACUACGUUGAGCCCGACCACACCCACGGACCCGAGGAGGACUACGACUCUGAGGACGAGGAUGAGGACGAGUACGACCUCUCCCCUGAUGAGGAUGAGCUUUACGGCGACGAGGACUCUGAGGAUGAGCUCGACGACAUGGAGGACCCCCGUAUCAUGGAGAUCGAGGAUGACGAGGCUCCCGCUCUUGUCCCUGCUAAGGCUGAGAAGAAGGCCGACAAGAAGGGCAAGAAGCGUGCCGCUGAGGACGAGGCCGAGACUCUCGACGACUUGAUCUCCAAGGCCAAGCCCGCUGAGAAGAACGCAAAGAAGGUCAAGACCAACGAGGGCAAGGCCGUUCCCGCCGACGAGGCCGCCAAGAAGCUCGAGACUCCCGCUGCAAAGUCAGACAAGAAGGUACAAUUCUCUAAGAACCUCGAGCUGGGUCCCACCGGCUCGAGCUCCCCCGCUGUCGCAAAGGGUGCUGAGAAGUCCAAGGCUCCCGCCGUCAAGACCGUCAACGGUGUCACCAUCGACGACAAGAAGAUCGGCUCCGGCCCUGCCGCAAAGAAGGGUGACCGCAUCGGUAUGCGCUACAUUGGCAAGCUCCAGAACGGCAAGGUCUUCGACUCCAACAAGAAGGGCAAGCCUUUCAGCUUCAAGCUCGGUACCGGUGAGGUCAUCAAGGGCUGGGACAUUGGUAUUGCCGGCAUCCAGGUUGGUGGUGAGAGACGUAUCACCGUCCCUGCCCACCACGCCUACGGCUCCCAGUCCCUCCCUGGCAUCCCCAAGAACUCCACCUUGAUCUUCGACGUCAAGUGUGUCGAGAUCAAGUAA